AUGCGAUGCGCGGGCAAGGCCGCCGAGAGCGCGUCCGCGCGUCUCUGUGCGGACGCCGAAGCAGAAACCACAGCAACUGAUGUCUCAUCGGUUGCUGAAGCGAACCAGCCUGCGUCACUUGGUGACGUAGGCGCUGGUCAUGAAGACACUCAUGUCUUCACAGAGUAUGAGCUCGGUGUCUCAUACUCUCCUGAUACGGAAGACGGAUCCGUAUCGACGGCGAUCGAAUCCAAGCCGCCUGCCAAGCGUGGCAUGGAUGAUGCUAUGCGUCGCAGCAUCUUUGAUUCAUCUGAUGGAUCAGAUGAACCAUCGCCAAAGCGAAGGCGCUCGAGAUCGCAAGACUCGGGCGCUCACAGUGGUGUCGGUUCUCUUAUUGACACCACUUCGCAGCAAGGUACCAGUACUUCUGUCGGCACGUCGCAUGAGAGCAGGACCGCAGCAUGUCGCGUCUAG